AUGUUUGAUGGUUUGAAUAAAGAUAUGGAGUCUUGUAUGAGGAAAUUUGAUAGUAUGAUGCAACACGUGUCCCAAGUUCUGACGAUGGAGAUAGCAAUUGAAGUUUUAUGUUUCAGUGAUUCCGUAGAUGUUAAUGGCUUUCAAGAUUAUGUUGAUCUACAAAGCGAAUAUGGCGAGUCUACAAGCAGUGGGGAGAUCGAUGUAGUUGAAACAAGUGAAACGAAGUUGCCAUCAAUUGAAGAUGGUUUGAAAGAUGUGGAUACGAGUCUUGAUGAUCAUGGUCACAUUCGGCAUUCUGGCCCUUCCCAUCAGGUUUCGGGUUCCUCACCAUUGGAGCACGAAGAACAAUGUCGCUUGAAUUCAUCCAGGAUUGAUUUUACUGCUGCGAGUAAGAUAAAGUUGUCAUCAAUUGAAGGUAGCUCAAGGAACGUGUUUCAAGAUCAAAAGGACGAGUCUUCUGAUGAUAGCCGUGUUCGCGAUGAUGAGACUAAAGACACUAAGCCGAUAACCGAUGAAAUGUCAGAGGGGUCAAUCUGCAAUGAUCGGCAGCAUGGGGCAGCCACCGCGACAGCUUCUGUUCCUUCAUAG